AUGCCUCUCGACACGUCUACGUACUCGCUCGCUCUUCUCCGUGUCGACGGCCGGCGCUGGAACGAGCUGCGACGCCUGCACGCCCAGAUCAGAACACAAGCUGCCGCCGAUGGCUCCUCCUACCUUGAAAUGGGCCACACCAAGGUCAUGUGUGUCCUGACCGGUCCCGCCGAGCAGAAUCAGUCCCAGAGACGCGGUCAAACAAGCGGCGGCGGUGGCAGUGCCCGUGACACGGCCAGCAUCAACGUCAAUGUCAUGAUUGCCGGCUUCUCGUCCGUCGACCGGAAGAAGCGCGGACGCAACGACAAGCGCACGCAGGAACUCGAGAUCACCAUUGCCAAGACCUUUUCGUCCAUUGUGCACACGCACCUGUUCCCACACUCGAGCAUCUCCAUCUCGCUUCAUGUCCUGUCGUCGGAUGGCUCUCUCCUGGCAGCACUGCUCAACGCCGCCACCCUCGCGCUGAUCGACGCCGGUAUCCCCAUGUCCGACUACAUUGCGGCCUGCACCGCUGGAUCCACGUCUUCUCACUCUGCCUCGGACGAUUCCGCCGACCCAUUGUUGGAUCUGAACACGCAGGAGGAGCAGGAGCUGCCAUAUCUCACCGUCGCAACAUUGGGAUCCUCGGAUCGCAUCGCCGUCCUCAACUGCGAGAGCAGAUUGCAGGUUAGCAGACUGGAGGGCAUGUUGGUCGUUGGCGUGGAUGGGUGCAAGCAGGUCAAGCAAAUUCUUGAUCGCGUCAUCCGGGAAAAGGGCGUGCAGAUGAUCCGCGAAGGCGCCGUCGACAGGAGUGAUACCAUGGUUAUGGAUUUGGACGAAUGA